AGCUUUGAGCUCUGGGUCCUGCGGUCCAGCUGCAGCCAUGAAGCGCCAGCUCAGCACGGGUCUGAGGUGGCUCUUCCUGGCGUUCUUGGCGCAAAGAUGGACGCAGUGGGCGUUUUUGGCACCAGGCCAGUUCAGUGGGCGAAGAGCCCUGCUCGGGAGCGUGGGAGCGAGUUGGUCUCUCGCCGCCUUGGAGGCGCACGCAGAGGAGGAUGUAGAGCUAGAGUUGAAGGUACUGCGCACCGGCAAGACUCCGUACGCCAAGAUGGACUACCAGGUGUUCCGGGAAGGCAAGUGCCAAGAAGCGCAGAUCGGAGACCUGGUCAGGGUAAAGCACCGGGCGUGGUUUGAUGACUUUGAGGAGGGCAUGCCCUGGGAGCUGACCUUGGUCGGUAGACAGGAAGUGGGCCCUUACCAGCAACCCAAGAGGAUAAAGGUCGGCAAGACUCCGCUGACGCCCUACGACCCCCCUGCGCUGACUGAUGCGCUUGUGGGCAUGCACCCGGGGGAGCUACGCCGAGUGGUGGUGCCACCAGAAUUCGGCUUCGGUUCAAAGGGCAGGAGCAUUGCCGGGCCUCAAGAGGAUCAAGAUAUUCCUCCCAACGCCACGCUUUACUAUGAAAUUGAGAUGGUGUGGUCUGGUCCAGCACAGCUGGCUGGGUGCAUUGAGCCCUUCGUGGAUAACGGCAGAUACAAGCCAUGAGGUCUCGUUGGCGUUUCUUCCAUUCCGGAGAGCAAUCCAUGUAACUGUUGCUGAAGUUGCUGUCUUCUUUCACCUCAAGCACAGGGCCCCCCCAGAAAACACCAAGCGAACACUUCAGCCUUGGUCUUGUGCUCUCUGCCAUGGACCCCAACGUACGCCGGGAGCGGGCUGCAAUGGUCGCUUCGUGUCGUAGCGCGAAUUUUCGCCCCUUCGAAGCUGAGACCCGAGAUGCGAAGGAGAAAGCUGCGACCGAGCGAGCCGUCUCGCCGAGGGGAGGGUUCGCCCGUUCGCCAAGGGGACGGUGAAAACAGGGGAAGGAUUUGCGUCAUGCGAUGCGAAAACAACAUGUGUUGAUGUGUGUCGUGAUGAGGUCAGGAUGAGAACUGGAUGAUGAGACUACUGGAAAGAAGAUUUGGCCUCGCUCGCAUGCCUGCAAUGGUUGAGCACAUCCGGCAAGUUUGCAUUCUUAAAUGAAAUGAAAACACGGAGUGAACAACUCGUGUUCGAAAUGCCACCGUUCGAAGUAUCGGAAUGAACUGUGUAAAGGAGCUUGCUUUUCCAGCAUGUGCGUGGCCACUCCAGUGGCGUCAAGGGGUCCCUGUAUGGGCACAGGGGAUUCGAUGAAGGAGCGGCGCGGUGCCAAAAGCUCACAACCACACUCCAAAAAAAUGCUGACGGACUGUAAUCCUACGGGCUCCUUCCCAAUGCUGAUGGCCGUAUAUUCACGAUUUAUGGUCACGAUGACCUCUGCUUCGAGAUUCUGGGUUGACACGGCUUGCGCUCACAAGACUGGCCGGGCCUGCCAACCAGCACAUGAAGUCAACCAUGACCAACCAUCACCUUUACUCAUCCAUGGCUUUACCAAGGUUUAUCUGGACUUGAGGACACCACCUAACCGCUAAGCCGAGCGACUCCGUGCUUAUCCCGUGACUCAAAGUGACACCCUGGGUGUUUCUGGAUCUCCGAGGCUCAGGGAUCCGGAUCGACAAGCCCAACAAAUGGCGGGGUCGACGGUGAUUGGGCCUUUUUUGGAUGGGUGAUGGGUGACGCAGUGGGAGAAACAGGGCCUCUUAGAAAAACAGGACAGUGUUUAUUGGCUUCAGCCUUGAUUGACAUAACCGUGCGCACUUUUAUGACUUUGCACUAUUGGAAGUUUGCCUGCAUUCUUUGGACUUGAUGGUUUCGUUUGGUGCUCACUGUCCAAAUACCUGUUCACACAUACCUCAAGAGCUCAAGGACUUUGAGAGACCACGCAAUCUCUGGGUUCCACAGGGUGGGGCUGACGGGGCGCGAGUCAAUCGUUUGCUCACCCUUUCAUUGUCCUGCCGGCAGGCACUGGGUGUGGAUCCAAUUUGGGGUUCCGAAAAACAUCCGUUAAAACAAGAGGCCCAUCAGUCCUCAGUCCAUCGGAAAAGGAAUCAGAAUCUUUCCCGCCCGAGACACAUGGAGAAACAGCAGGGUUACUGUACUUCUUCGAAAUUCAUUGGCUUUGCACAUUCGCUCCAUCUUCGUGGCGUCCAGUGCGGCGUCCAGCCUCCACAGGCGGCCCUCCUCGCGGCCGACGCUGCACGCCGGGCCCAGCGCAGCCCGCCGCGCACGCCCUCGUCGCGG